CCAUCGCACCUCCUUCAUAUAAAAAGGUAUCAUUGUGCACUUUUUUAUCAAUUCAGUCAAGAUGAAACUCAGCAUUAUCCUUGGUCUUUUGUGCAUGCUCAUAUCUGAAGUUGCCGCACUCACUUGCUACAACUGCUAUAAUGACACAUAUCAAUUCAAGUCCUGCAAUAAUGAGACCUGUCCAGAGAGUGAUGGAUAUUGUGCAAGUAGGACUCUUGUAGGUGGUUAUAGAAGAGUGCAUGAGCAGAUGUGUGUUUCAUCACAUUCCUGCAUAUCGGGGUCAAUAAACCUGGGAUUUUCUAAGUACACAGUGAACACCGAAUGCUGCAAAGGAGACCUCUGCAAUGAUGAGAUUGCUCCAGAGUUAAAUAGAAAUAAUACGGCCAAUGGGAGGGAAUGUUUCACCUGUGAAGGAGAUAACUGCACAAAAACACUGUCCUGUGUUGGAGACGAGGAUGUUUGCAUUGCAUCAUUGUGGAACAAUCAGGAGACAGUGAAAGGAUGUGCUUCCCUUGCUCUCUGCUUGUCUGCACGAAUCGUGGCUUAUAACUUGUCCUGGACAACAUGUUGUAAGGGGAACCUAUGCAACAGUGAAAGUUGGCACCCAUAUGACUACCAUGGCAUGUCUCCCUCCCAUCCCCACUCUGAUGAGCACCAACACGAUCCCCACUCUGACGACCACUAUUAUGACCCUCACUUUGAUGACUACUAUUAUGACCCCCACUCUGACGACCAUCACCCCACCUCUGAUGACUACUAUUAUGACCCCUACCCUUGUGAGGGGAUCUUCUGUAGCAGCACCAAGACUGUGGGGCAGAGUGUCCUGCUCCUGCUGGGGUCUCUCCUCUCUGUCCUGCUCGUCCACUGAUCGGCCUGCUUCUCAGAGUUCUCAGGUCACAGAUCACCUGCCCUUACUUUGCUUGUUCAAGUUAAAUCUUCUGCAUAGAUUAAUGAAUAUUGGACUUCCUGUCUUUCUUUCCCAUUGAAACGACCAGUUUUGUGAAAUAUUUUAAAUCAUAUUCACUUUGACUAUAAACCUUUCUGGAGAACAACAUACCGUAUGUUCAUCUCAUUAUCAUAGAAUGUAUAAAAUAUUAACAAUUAAUAUAGCAUCAACAUCUCAUGCAGUUCAUGAUUUAAGUGGACAUAUACAACAUGUUCUUAGUAGAAUAAAUCUAUAGUGAAGCAGAAGAAACAUGUAUUUGCAUGACAGCACCAGAGUAAAACUUUUACCUGGAAUAAAUUCCUUGAGAGCCUGUUAUAUAGCACUAUGUAACUUUGUUGCACCAUAGGCUAUAAGUUCUUUCAAUCAAGUACUGUAUGUUGUGUUAAAUGUGCUAAAUAAAUAAUACGUUGACUUGACUUGACAAGAACGUGACACUUCUCAGCGCUAAAGACACACAUCAGCGCUAAAUUGGUACCCAGUAUGUUGAAAAAAACAUACCCAGUAUGUUGUCCCCACAUAUGUGUGAUGAUUUCUGCAUGGUUAUGCACUGAUGAGGGAGAAGGUUGCUAGAAAGUGCAAUGUGGGAAAACAAAUCUUGAAAAACAACCUGUGCAAUGUGGGCAAAACAAAAUGUACUGUUUUGAGUCCUGUAUAAAUCUGUGUCAGCAAAAUUACUGCCUCUGUUUUUCCGUAAGUUGUAUCAGGUGAGGAAUAAAGAAAUUCAGUGGCUUGAUUUAA